AUGAGGUCAGGGCACAUCUUCUACUCACUCUGGGCGGCGGCGCCUCUCGCCAUGGCGACACCAGUCCUACCUCACCUCGUUCUGUCAAAGACCCUAGAGACAGUCUCAGACCCGUCAUCGGGACCGACUGGGUACCAGCCGCCGGCGACUAUCACGACCGCAGGGGCGAAGGGGUCGAAGACGGAGAUCCUCCGGCCUCUCGACCGACAAGCAGUCAUCGACGACGACGACGACAUGCCGCGGCAGCCAGCCUUCGACAACCGGCCAUUAUCAGCGUCGGCAUCCGACCUCUCACGGCUUGCCUCGGAGGUGCUCUCGUCGGCCGGACCGUUGACGUCGGACCUCCUGGAGGCACUGGCGAGGCUGCAGUCUGCACAGGAGUCAUUACCAGAGGAGGCUGAGGCCGAGGCUGAGGCAGAGUCAGACACAAAGACACAGUCGGACUCGCACCCAGAGCCCUCGCCGCGAAGGAAAAUGUCGGUCGGCUCAUUAGUAAGGCUCGCAUCGAACCAGGGCGGAGGCGUGCUACGCAUCAAGCAGCAUACCGAGACACACUCACGAGACUCUGCUGCGGCCCUGGGGGGUGCGCGCCAGUCCCGCCCGUGUGGGGCUCACCACGCCGACGUGCUGGUGAUCGGGAUGGUGCUGACAUUCCUGCUGGUCGUUCUUAUGAUGGAGACGGCAGAGCCCGUGUCGAGGACUGUGCGCCGGAUGCUCAAGAAGGAGGGUGCCAUCCGCCUGAAGGACGACGUCGAAACAGCUCGAGCCAUGUCGGUCCGAGCACCGGGCCUGGACAUCCCCGAGACGAUAGACGAGAAGCCGGAAGAGGAGCAUGACGAGGACGAGGACGAGGACGAGGACGAUGACGGCGGUGCUGAGCCAUGGGUGAUAUGA